AGCCGUGCGCGCGGCGGGCGGUAUAUAACUCCGGAGCGCGCGGUCGCCCGGGUUCAUCGCAGGUUGGGCCGAGCACCGCGCGACCCCGAGCGACCCCGAGCGACCCCGAGCGACACCGAGCGACACCGAGCGACCGAGCGACCGAGCGACCGAGCGACCGAGCGGCGACCCCGCCACAGGUGGAACAUGGACAACAGACUCGUGUGGUUGGCGACGACGUUGUCCGUGGUGUCCGUGGUGUCCGUGCCUGCCGUGACGAGUCUGGACCCGUCACUCAGCUGCGAGCCGGACACGGUGCCUCUGGUCACUCGAGGCGCCGAGCUGCCGCAGAGAACAAGAUGCCCUUUCGCAGAGAUGAUGGCGGACUCGCACUCGUGGCAGGCGAUGCUGGAGAACUCGCACCUGCAGCAGGUGACCCGCGACGAGGAGGACUCGGACGAGCCCCUGGUGCAGCCGGGCACGCCCGAGUACGGCCUGUUCCUCACCAACAGGGCGCCGCCCAGCUCGCGCAAGAGGUGGUCCGACUCGCGCGCCGACCUGGAGCGCUCCCGCAGCAUCGCGCAGAGCAUACUCGAGUACCUGAAGCGCUUCACGAUACCUCAGGAGAUAUCUGGGAACAUGCUGAGCAGCUUGAACAUACCCGCCGAGGCGCAGGCGUGCCCCAGGCCGCCCAAGUGCACGGGCUCCAGUCGCUUCCGCUCCAUCGACGGGUCCUGCAACAACUUCAAGUUCACGGACUGGGGCCAGACCAACACCGCGCUCCGCAGACUUCUCUCCGCCAGAUACAGCGACGGAGUGAGUCAGCCGCCCGUGUCGGGGGUGGGGGGGAAACCCCUGCCGAACUCCCGCGUCCUCAGCACCGUGCUCAGCCCCGAUAAGGACGUGCCGGACAGGGUGAACACCCUCAUGGUCAUGCAGAUAGGCCAGAUGAUCUCCCACGACACGGCUCUCUCUCCCGACCAGCAGUCGCAGAAAGCGAAUGUGUCGACCAACUGCUGCGGGGCGGACGGGAACACGGCGCAAGGCCCCAGCGGCGCGUGCAUCGCCAUCGAGAUACCGAGGAACGACUCCUUCUACUCGCAGUUCGACCACCGGUGCAUGAGCGUGGUGCGCUCCAUGACGACGGUGUCCAAGAACUGCCACCUGGGGCCCGCGGAGCAGUUCAGUGCGGUAACGCACUUUGUGGACGCUUCCAACAUCUAUGGCUCGGAAGACGCUGUGGCGGAGUCGAUUCGGCUCAAGAAAGGUGGGAAACUAAUUACUCAAGUGGCAAAUAAUGGGCGACACUUCCCACCUAAUUCUGCCAACCCUGAAGAAGACUGCGAUAUAAGAUCAAACGAACAAACUUGCUAUACAGGAGGGGAUGUUCGAAUCAACCAACACCCACAGAUGUCGGUAUUGCAGGUAUUAUUUCUCCGAGAACACAACCGUUUGGCUGACAUCUUGAGCAAACUCAACCCCCAUUGGGACGAUGAAAGGUUGUACUUUGAAGCGAGACGUAUUGUCAUUGGUGUAUGGCAGCACAUUGUGUAUAUAGAGUGGCUUCCAAUUGUGUUGGGACAAGAGUACGUGAAGAAGCGCAACCUCACAGUUCUCGAAGGUUACAGCUCAGGCUACGACAUUGACCUCGACCCCUCCACCCUGAACAGCUUCACGACCGGGUGCUUCAGAACAUUCCACAGCAUGGUCCAGGGAAACAUCAGGUUUUUUGAUGACGACGGGGGCUCGAAAUUCGGCUUCCCUCUGAGAGAAUGGUUCGACAGACCGAGCAUACUGCACGAAGAGGACAAGUUCGACCGCAUGCUGAGGGGACUGGCUUGGCAGCCUGCCCAGUCAAUGGAUCCCUUUACCACACAAGACCUUACCAAUUUCCUGUUCAAGCAUCAGUCUCCGUUCGGUCUCGACUUGGCAGCUAUAGACAUACAGCGGUCGAGGGACCAUGGCCUGCGAUCUUAUAACGACUUCAGAGAGCUGUGCGAACUGCCACGAGCAAGCAACUUUUCAGAUUUCUCAGAUGUGAUUGACAAAAAGUACGUUGAACUGCUGUCUCAGCUGUACGCACACGUGGACGACGUGGACAUGAUGGUAGGCAUCAAGCUGGAGAACCUGUUGCGCGACACCGUGGUCGGCAAGACCUGCCAGUGCAUCAUCGGCGAGCAGUUCUUCCGCUGGAAGUUCGGGGACUUGUGGUUCUACGACUUCAAGGAGAACCCCGCAGCGUUCACGCCAGAGCAACUAAAGGAGAUAAAGAAAUCAAGUUUAUCCAAGGUGAUAUGUGAUAAUGGUGAUCAAAUAAAGAAAAUUCCAAGAAAUAGUUUCCUUCAUGUCUCAAAAACAAAUGUGUUGACACAGUGUGAUUCUAUUCCAUCCAUAAACUUCAAAUUCUGGAAGGAGUCAGCUUAAACUAAGAACAAACUAUGACAAAAUUUGAAACUGCAAUUAGAUGUUUAGUAUUUAUUCAACGUUCCUGGUACAAUGUGUUAGAAAACGAAACAAAAAAAAAAAUGCUUAAAAGAUUGUAUUGUAAAUUGACUAGUCAAAAUUGUCAGAGCCUAGCAAUGUAUUGGUUUGCAACAUCACCUGUUUAAUAUUCAGUCUACAUUUUUACCUGUAAUUGAUUUUGUUUCCAAAAAAUAAAGCUUAAUUGGAUGACCUUAAACAAA